CAAGAAUUAGGAUAGCCAUUUUCUGUCAAUAGAAAUGGUGGGUCCGUUGUUGCGCUCUCUCUGUUCUACAGCUCGUAAAUCUUUAUCAUCAUCUCCUUCCUUAAACUGUAAUCGAUUGGCAUCUCUUCUCAAAACAUCUCCCUUCCCACGCGUCCCCAAUCUAUCAAGGGGCUUCUCAGUCGCCCCUUCGCUUGCAUCUGCUCCAGCAACGGGGAACGCAUUAGACCCGAGCAGGCUUCGGAACGUGGCGGUCAUUGCCCAUGUCGAUCAUGGAAAGACUACUCUCAUGGAUAGGCUUCUCAGGCAGUGCGGCGCUGACCUUCCCCAUGAACGUGCACUCGACAAUAUCAGCCUUGAGCGCGAACGCGGCAUCACCAUCGCUUCUAAGGUUACUUCCAUCUCAUGGAAGGAAAAUGAGCUGAACAUGGUUGAUACUCCUGGACAUGCAGAUUUUGGGGGGGAAGUUGAGCGAGUUGUUGGCAUGGUUGAGGGGGCAAUUUUAGUUGUGGAUGCUGGUGAGGGUCCAUUGGCACAGACCAAGUUUGUUCUUGCAAAAGCUUUAAAAUAUGGAUUGCGCCCAAUACUCCUCCUUAACAAAGUAGACCGACCUGCUGUUACAGAGGAGAGAUGUGAUGAAGUGGAGAGCCUAGUUUUCGAUCUUUUUGCAAAUCUGGGUGCUUCAGAGGACCAGCUAGAUUUUCCUGUUCUUUAUGCUUCUGCAAAGGAGGGAUGGGCUUCCUCCACUUUUACCAAAGGUCCUCCGGAUGAUGCAAAAAAUAUGUCGCAAUUGCUUGAUGCCAUUCUAAAACAUGUUCCUCCACCCACGGCAAGCUUGGAUGAACCUUUCCAGAUGCUGGUUUCCAUGAUGGAACGUGACUUUUAUCUUGGACGAAUAUUGACCGGUCGUAUCUCGUCAGGAAUUAUUCGUGUUGGGGAUAGAGUGCAUGGUCUCCGUAAAACAGAUUCUGGUGUUGAGAAGAUUGAGGAAGGAAAGGUCACGAAACUUAUGAAAAAGAAGGGUACAAGCAUAGUUCUCAUUGAUAGUGCAGGAGCUGGUGAUAUAAUAUCAAUGGCUGGGUUGGCAAGUCCAUCAAUAGGUCACACAGCGUCAAAUGUGGAGAUCUUCAUGAUAGAAAAAAGAUUUACCCAUCUGGCGUACUUCAAAUUUAUUUUACUCUCAUCAGUUUUAAGGCAGAAAAGAUUUACAAAAACCCCCAAAAAUACAGUUGUUCGUACAACGCAUUAG